CACGCAGCCCAAUCCAUCUCCACCAUUAGGAGCUCUGGUGAAUACCGGUUAAUACUUAGACCCCGCACCUCAGGUGAGCCUGCGUCAUUCCCAGGGGGAUCCGCUGGUGUACCUAUCCUGCUGGUUCCAGGUAAGCCUUUUACUGCUAUAGCAACUGGUCUCUGAACCUGACCUUACACCGUGACACCCUGGCUCCUUUAAUAUUUUUAUCCCGGUUAUUUCUUGUGUCAAGUGAAG